AUGAUAGUUCUGUUUGCCAUUUUGGCCACUGCCCUGGCGGAUGUGCACCAUAUGCAACUCACCCGAGUAGGCAACUAUGACGGAGUCAAAUACUUGGCUGAUGUUAGCAUCGGCACACCGGCGCAGAAUUUCAAAGUUGUUCUGAGUACGACAUCGGCCAAUUUCUACGUAAACAGUGCUUACGGCAAGAACUUUUUCAACUCGACAGCUUCGGAAACUUAUGAGAAGCUGGAUGGAAAAUUCGUUGAAAAGUGGCCGGCAGAUGUAGAAGGAAUUGUUGGAAAGGAUACAGUACGACUUGGCGCUGACGGACUCGUCAUUCCAGGAACCAUUUUCGGACAAGCCGCAAAGUUCAGAUCUAUUUUAUUGAACUACGAUGUCGAUGGCGUUCUUGGAUUGGGAUUCCCUGCUCUUGCGGCUGGUGGAAUUACUCCUCCAAUGACUCGAGCUAUGGACCUUCAUCUUCUGGAUGAACCUCUGUUCACCGUCCACAUGAAGGCAACCAAUGGUCUCGUCACAUACGGUGCUGUCGACACAGCCCACUGCGGACAGAUACUUGCCUACGAGCCUCUAACUUCGAAAACACACUGGCAGUUUGCGAUCACUUCUGUGAAGUCAGGAAAGUACCAUUCGACUGCGAAGUGGGCCGCCAGAUCGGACACCACGAAUCCUUUCAUAGAAAUACCGGCCCCGGAGGCAGCAGCAAUUGCUGAUGCACAUGGAGCAAAAUUUGAUAACGGCCGUGGCCAUUAUGUUAUCGACUGCCAGGCAGAAGCAUCAAUGGAAUUGAUGAUUGGACAGCGCAAAUACACCAUCGAAGCCAAGAAUUUCGUGGUGUCAGCACCUGACGGCCGCUGUGUGCUGGCGCUCAAACCGUUGAAUACGAUGACCUUCGGCUACGUCAUGUCUCUAGGAGUGCCAUUCCAUCGCCAGUUCUGUACAGUUCAUGACUUCGGACAUGAAAGAAUUGGUUUAGCAGAUUCCUUAUAA